AUGAAUCAAUUCUCAUUUAUGGAAGGCUUGGUCGCAGUCACUCCUAAACUUGACUGUCCUCAUUGUACAAGUGACCAUGUUACUGAUGUACAGGAAUUUAUAGGAGGUCCUAAAGUCACUGAUCCCUGCAAAAAAUGUGAAGUAACAGGUGAAGUAUGGAUAUGCUUAAAAUGCUAAGAGGUACUAUGCAGUAGAUAUGUAAAUGGUCAUAUGGCUGAGCAUUUCUAGGAGGACAACAAUCACCCCAUUUGUUUCUCAUUUGCUGAUUUCUCAUAUUGGUGCAAUUUAUGCUAGGAAUAUAUUGAACAUUCUAUUCUAAAUCAUAAAUCCCUAUUUUAUGACUAGAAAUUCGGAGAUAUUACUGAUCCCACUCAGAUUGUGUAGAUAAUUAAAUAAAGCAAGCAUCAAAAUGUGAUUAAUGAAGAUGAUAAUGAAGAAGGAGAAGAUGAGUGA